UCCAGCGGGGGAGGAUGGCAGCGUCCAGCAACUCCAGUUUGUCUGGCUCCUCCGUUUCCUCGGAUGCUGAAGAAUACCAGCCUCCGAUAUGGAAAUCAUACUUGUAUCAGUUACAGCAGGAAGCACCACGGCCCAAGAGGAUCAUCUGUCCUCGGGAGGUGGAGAACAGACCAAAAUAUUAUGGAAGAGAGUUUCACGGGAUCAUCUCUCGCGAGCAAGCUGAUGAGCUUCUUGGGGGUGCAGAGGGCGCCUAUAUUCUCAGAGAAAGUCAGCGACAGCCCGGCUGCUACACGUUAGCGCUAAGGUUUGGAAACCAGACCCUUAACUACCGGCUUUUCUACGAUGGGAAACACUUUGUGGGAGAGAAGAGGUUUGAAUCCAUCCAUGACUUGGUGACAGAUGGCUUGAUCACGCUGUACAUAGAAACAAAAGCCUCUGAGUACAUUUCCAAAAUGACAACAAACCCUAUCUAUGAACACAUUGGCUACGCCACUUUGCUAAGAGAGAAGGUGUCCAGGAGACUGAGCAGGUCAAAACACGAAUCGAGAAAAACGAGCGUAACCAGCGAAGAGCAUCCGGCAGUUGAAAAGAUUUCUUCUCUGGUCCGAAGAGCUGCCUUAACCCAGAAUGACAACCACUGCAACUAUGAAAAGACCCACAACUUCAAGGUGCACACGUUCCGAGGACCGCACUGGUGUGAAUACUGUGCCAACUUCAUGUGGGGACUCAUCGCCCAGGGGGUCAGGUGCUCAGAUUGUGGCCUGAAUGUCCACAAGCAAUGCUCCAAGCACGUUCCGAAUGACUGUCAGCCAGACCUCAAGCGCAUCAAGAAAGUGUACUGCUGUGAUCUCACCACCCUGGUGAAGGCCCACAACACCCAGAGGCCCAUGGUGGUGGACAUGUGCAUUCGGGAGAUCGAGGGCAGAGGUUUAAAGUCAGAAGGCCUGUACAGAGUCUCAGGGUUCACUGAACACAUCGAAGACGUCAAGAUGGCUUUUGACAGAGAUGGUGAGAAGGCAGAUAUAUCUGCCCACAUAUAUCCAGACAUCAACAUCAUCACAGGGGCACUGAAGCUGUACUUUCGAGACUUGCCAAUUCCUGUCAUCACCUAUGAUACCUAUGCCAAGUUUAUAGACGCAGCUAAAAUCUCCAAUCCAGAUGAGAGGUUAGAGGCCGUCCAUGAAGUCUUAAUGUUGCUGCCCCCUGCCCAUUAUGAGACGCUCAGAUACCUAAUGAUUCAUCUCAAGAAAGUCACGCUGAAUGAGAAAGAAAACUUCAUGAACGCCGAGAACCUGGGGAUCGUGUUUGGCCCCACCUUGAUGAGGCCCCCGGAGGAAAGCACCCUCGCUACCCUCAACGACAUGCGGUACCAGAAGCUCAUUGUGCAGAUUUUAAUAGAGAAUGAAGACGUUUUGUUCUAAGCCAACGGGGAAGUGGGCUGUGUGGCCUCAACCCUGCCUGAGCUGAUAAGGCGAGAGGAAUGAAAACAUUUCUUAUUUUGCCUGACUUUAUUUUUUAAACAAAGAAAAAAAGUUGCUUGCGUCUCUUAGACAUGCACCUCUCUCCUAGGAAGAAUGAGGGGGAGGGAAAGAAAACCCUUUGCCUUGUGUCUCUAGCCUGAUCACUUAUGUAUAUUUGUUCUGAGGAAGAGCACUGGAUUAUUGUUUCUUUAACUUAUUACAAGAACGCAGACCUUUUCAACAGUGGUGUUUUCGGGCAUGCAAGUGGCCCCUUACUCGGGGGCAGCUUCUCAAGACAUUUCCCACCUGCUAAAAAGACAAUUCUAUAAGUCAAAUGUUGGACAAAACCUAUAUUAUAAAAUUUAUUUUUUACGUUAAUGAAUGGUGUUUUAUUUUAGCAGAAGAGAACUCAAUGCAGUGCAUUUAUUAUCACCCUUCAGUAGGCCCUACCCUGAGUUCUUGCAGGAUCCCAUGAAAAUCUGGACCACUCCUACAGUGUUCUCUUGGCAUAGCUCCAGUGUAACCCAAGCUUCCCAUGGCAAUGCCAAAUGUCAUGCACAGUCCAGCUUUUGGAGUUUCCGAGUGAGCGCCAACAUCCUGUUGUCUAGAACAAACAUGGCAGUUUCGGCCUCCUGUCAUAAAAGCAGUGCCAGUUUCCAAAGGCUGAGUUUGAAGAAUGGCCUUCCAUUCCCCCAUUGGAUCUUCCAGUGCGGGUCACUUAGAAGGAAAGGGGAUAGGGGGCUGGGGGGAUGCUGGUUAUAGUUUGGCCCUAGGCAUAAGUGAACGUUUGGCUUCUUUCUUCUUCUUGGGAGAGCUUUGAAAAUUAACUUGUUUGAGGCAAAGGUAACUCUUUGUCCCAUCGUCGUACACGUGAAGGUUAAGCUGCAGAAAAAAGGUAAUACUUCUGUUGAAUGUGUUUUCCAUUCCAACCCAACAGCAUUUAUUUAUCGAUAAAGUGCCUAUGAUGUACAAGGCACCGUGCUGGGCCUGGGGAUAAAGACAAAAGCCCAUCUUUACUUGCAAGGGCCUUCCCUCUGCACUUAUUACAAGGAAGUCCACGGGCUGCUUUCUUUAGGGGGAGUUGGUAAAUUUGGGUCUCCCCCAGAAUCUGUUAUUCCUCUCAGAAACUAAUCUGUAGUCGAUUAUUUAAUCUUAUCCUAUGACAGGUUCUGUUUUCUCUGCAUUGAUCAUCUGUUUUCUUAAUAUGCCUCUUUGCACCUGAAUUCCCACCCAGACAAAAUCUUACAAAUAUACUCAGAUCACCGCCCUCCCAGAUUGUUAUUGGUUUAGGGUUUUUUUUUUAUCUUUUCCUCUGAUUAUCUGAAUCAUGUGAUUUAACCACUCACUGUCUCUGGAUGAUCUCAAAAAGCAAAAUUGACUGUUGAUAUUACAUUGUGUGCAAAGUGAAGCAGAGAGAGGUGGAAGAGGAGGAAGAGGAGGAGGAAGAAGAGUGUCUUCUUGGUCCGCUAAAAGAGGGAGGAGUCACAAAAAGGGCUCUGGGCCCGGGCAGCACGAUUGCACAGUGUGUGUGUGGGUGUGUGUGGGUGUGGGUGGGUGGGUGUUUGGGGGUGGUGCUUCCACUCUCGGGCUUCCCCAUGAUUGUCCAGCUUUGUCAUAGUGUGUGUAAUUCUUGAUACUGUCAUAAAAAAUUAUCUGGAAAUGGUUUUAUUUUGUGACGUGAACCUGCUUUGUAAUUUAUGAGAGUGUAAAUGGAAGGAAGAAACAUUAAAUGUA